CUCCAAUGCUUUGGAAAAAUGUGAAGUCUGUCAUGCGAAUAAAGCAAUUUGAAUUAAUUUCUUCAAUUCUGAAUUUUGCCGUAGAUCAGUAAUACUGUAUGCCUUCCAUAGGAACAUAUUUUCCAACACUGUGUCACUGAAAAGUGAAAACAGUAUUAAUAUUGCAGCCGAUAAGUCAUGCUGAAUGCUCAGCAUGGUAAUUCUGAGCACUGCUGUGCCGAUAUUGAGCGCUGGACAAGUUCCUUGUCAAUAAAGUGCCAACAGAUGGCAGAUAAAAAGCAAGCCUGUGUGCUUAGAACACCAGCACUGGAUUGUUCGCGACAGGUGCAGCUGUUUUCCUUCACAUACUGUAUUAAAGCUACCGGCUGUAAUAUAUUGACUCAUUGCAGAGUACUUUUGUGACCUCAUCUUAAGUGAUGACAGACAUGACGAAUAAAAAACAAACUACUGUGACAGCCCUUAUUAUACCGCAUGAUAUGGCACUAGAGUUCAUCCAAGCUGAUUAUCCCAGUAACCCUCAUUAGAAAAAAUAAAGCAAUCUAUCUGCUGAAAUGUAUCAACCACAAAUUUAUGCAGAGGAAUCACAUGAGACAUCAUUAGAGAAUAGGACGAUUCAUCUGUUAGUGUCAUCUCAGUACCAAAAUCCCCGUUUACAACCAUGUGCCUGUUUCACUUCCCUUUGACAAAGAACACACUCUCCAAAAACCACAAACGAUCAAAAUAUUAGAUUAUAUGCCUGGUCUUGCUGGCGUCAUCCAAAGCUGCAGACAUGUGUCCUCAUGUUAAUACAUAAAACCUAAUUAUUUACUCCGCACAGGUAUCUAAGCUUACUGAUACAAUUAAUAUCUAUUAUUCAUGGAUCAUUAAAAAGCAGCUGUCUCAUGGAUGUGAUGGACUAUAAUUGAAUACGUUUAACUUUUUUUUUUUUACCUUAAUGGCUCUCGAAUUAAAUGCUAAUCUCUGUUUAAGUGAUUGAUAUUCAGAGAGAGUGUCUCAUGCAACAUGCAACAUGCAUAAAAAAGGAUGAACAAGACACUCAUUCACUUCAGCCUGACAUCCUUAUUAUAAGAAGGCCAUUGACUCCUAAUGCUACUAAAGAGGCUGACCACAAAUUCAUGUAAGAUUUGAAACAUUCUUUUGAAUAAAUUAUGUGUUUAAGUGGUAAUAUAUUGUAUUGACUAAAGGUUAAAGGUUAUGUUUUUGUUGACUAUUCUGUCUGUUUGUGCUGAAAGAGGGAGGGAUAGAGGGAAAGCGGGAGGGAGUGGGGAGGAGAGAAAAGAGGCGAAGUCUUAGCAGAUGGAGAUGGAGGACCAUUCUGUGUUUGAGCUGGAUUCCAACUGGGAUUAGUGAGAGCUUGUCAGAGGCACUGCUCGGGCAGGAUGAAGAGAUGGAAAAGCUGAGCCAUGACAGUAUGGUGGACUAUAUAAAUCGAGUCAUGCUGCACACAGCCGUGUCUUGCUGGCAGCCUUUGCUGGGGCUGGCCCUGGUGGCCGUGUUCGUGGGCUCCACCCAGGCCUGCCCCUCCCGCUGCGAGUGCUCCGCCCAGAGCCGCUCUGUCAUCUGUCACCGCAAACGCUACACCGCCAUCCCUGAUGGAGUCCCAAUCGAGACACGAAUCCUUGAUCUCAGCAAGAAUCGCAUUCAGGCCGUCAACCCAGAUGACUUUGCUGCCUAUCCACACAUAGAAGAAUUGGACCUGAGUGGAAACAUCAUUGCCUACGUUGAGCCUGGAGCCUUUAACUCGCUCUACAGCCUCCACUCACUGAGCUUAAAGAGCAACCGCAUCAAGCUGCUCUCUCUAGGUGUCUUCUCCGGCCUCUCCAACCUGACGAACCUGGAUAUCAGUGACAACAAAGUUGUCAUUCUGGUGGACUAUAUGUUCCAGGACCUGCGCAACCUCAGGUCAUUGGAAGUUGGAGACAAUGAGCUGGUUUACAUCUCCCAUCGGGCCUUCAGUGGACUGUUGUCACUGGAGAGCCUGACACUGGAGCGCUGUAACUUGACAGUGGUGCCCACAGAUGCCCUGUCCCACCUACACAACUUGGUGAGCCUACAUAUGCGCUACCUCAGUAUCAGCACUCUCCACCCCUACUCCUUCAAGAAGCUAUUUCACCUCCGACACCUAGAGAUCGACAACUGGCCUUCGUUGGAUGUAUUCCCUGCUAAUUCUCUGCAUGGCCUCAACCUUACCACGCUUUCCGUUACCAACACCAAUCUGUCCGUUUUCCCCUACCAGGCUCUUCGCCACUUGCCAUACCUUACGCACCUUAACCUCUCCUACAGUCGUAUCCGGACAGUGGACGGUGGCCUGCUUCAGGACCUGGUGCGGUUGCGUGAGCUGAGGUUGGCUGCAUCUCAACUGCUGUCCAUUGAACCCUACGCUUUCCAGGGUAUACGCUCGCUCCGCUUGCUAAAUGUCUCCCACAACCGUCUUGAUACCCUGGAGAGGGGUGUAUUCCAUGCUCCUGAGGCUCUGGAGGUGCUGUUGAUCAAUGACAACCCUCUGGUGUGUGACUGCCGACUUAUGUGGUUGCUGCAAAGACGCCAUUCCAUUUCUUUCGGUGACACCCAGCCUGAGUGCAGUAAUCCGGAGGGCAUCCACGGACGCCCCUUCAAGGAGUUCAAAGAGACCCUGCUGUCCUACUACGUGACCUGCACCAAGCCGAAGAUCCGUGAAAAUCGGACUCAGAUGGUGUCGGUGGAGGAGGGACAGUCGGCCCGUUUACACUGCAAUGCAGAGGGGACCCCGCGGCCCACUAUUUCCUGGGUCACCCCACGCCGGAGACACCUGACCAACAGGAGCCACGGCAGGGUGACGGUCCACAACAACGGCUCGUUGGAUAUCAAGGCAGCGGAGGUUCAGGAUGAUGGUGUGUAUAUGUGUGUGGCCUCUAACACAGCGGGCAAUGACACUCUUAUGGUAUCACUGGCAGUGAAAAGUCUGGGCUCGCUGUAUGCCAACAGGACCCAGCAUUACACGGAUACAAGCAAUGCCACUGCCAAUGGUACCAACCUCCCUAAUGUGACCUUUGGCCUUGACCUAAAGACUAUCUUAGUUUCUACAGCCAUGGGCUGUUUCACAUUCCUAGGAGUGGUUCUCUUCUGCUUCCUGCUCCUGUUUGUGUGGAGUCGAGGAAAAGGCAAACAUAAAAACAACAUUGAUAUUGAGUACGUGCCACGCUCAAAGUCCAAUGGGACCUCCGCUGAGGAGGCGGACCAGGGUGCUGGGCCGCGGCGCUUUAACAUGAAAAUGAUUUAAAACAUUUCAAGUAAUACCAGUCGGAAUCAUUGUUUGACAAAUGGUACCUGGAACAGGACUUGUUCAGAUCGAUGCCAGGAAACUCAACAGUCCCUAAGAUUCAAUCCAGGUUUUGGUUCAGCUUGGACUUCACUGGAUACGCAAGGGGAAUAAUUUGUGUCAAUAAUGAAACAUUUUCAAUUUGUAUGAAACCCUCUUGGUAAGAGGUGAUGUUCACCAACACUUCAACAUAAAUUGUGUACAGAACCAAUUUGUAAAAUUCAAGUAUUACUCUUAUUUGCUGAGGCUCGCACAUGCUUUCACACUGCGACCAACAGAUGAUCGGGAAUCUGUUCUCUCCCUCAUUAUCCUGCAUAUAUGUACGUAAUGCUCAGUUAUGUAUGUGUAUGUUAACAUGUAUAAACACUUUCUUUUAUUGCACAGAAUGCAAUGACCGCCAAAAUUCACAUUUCCCAUGAUUCAAAGGAACUACUGUAUGACCAAGCCAUCAUCUCGCUACUCAAACUGUUUGAGGAUGGAGGACAAAGGGCUUAUGCGGGUGUGAAAUGUUACUCAGAGGAACGUGUAUGCCGUUUGUCUACCCCAAGUUAUUCUCCUGAUAUGAAAAAUAUUAUAUUUGUUUAUAAUCUGGGAAAAAAGAAAAAAGAGAUUAUUUAUUAACAAAAGCCUUUAAGUUCGAACUCAAUAAUACAAGGUGAAAGUUUUCAAAUGGUUUAAAUUCAUGUAUUUUGUUCCUUUGAUUUUGCUGUAAGUAUACACAUUAAUUAACAUGCCAUUUUUAGUUGUGCUCGUCCAUUUCCGUGACUCUAACCCCUUUAUCUGGUACAAAAUGUCUCCAUUUCGAGUCGAGCUACUAUUAUUUUAUUUUAAUUUUUUUUCCCUAGUAAGAAAUUCUGACUUUGUUGUGGUAGUUUCUCAUUUUGUUGUUGAAUCAUUUAGAUUGUAAACAGUUCAAAGUAAAAGAAAAAAAUACAUGUAUGUGGAAUAAAGAAUAUUGAUUUGUA